AUGUCACAGUCCUCGCCCAGCGACUCGGGCUUCUCGCGUGCAGUCCGUCCGGCACUCUCGCAGCCCUUGACCACCGCAUCGUCUAGUGCGACCCUCGUCGAGCACUUCCGCGUAGGCAUGAGCUCCACGAUGACACCUGUACCCAGGGUCACCGAGACCUCUGGAUCAGCAAGUGUCUCUGCGCCCAACGGCGAUAUCGCGAGCACGCUCGCGCAUCUCAUCGCGCGCCUUGAUGCGAUUGAGGACACCCAAGCGCGCAUAGGGCAGGAGCUCGCGAGCGUGGUGGCGAGGCUCGAAGGACCUCCCACUGCGCCUGUGGUGAACGGACGCUCGGAGACUGGUGUGGAGGAGGAACCAAGGGGAACGGCUCAGUCGGGUGCCGUGGCCACAAAGGAGCCGCAGGGAGAGAACAGCGUAGCUCUCUCUGUGGAGGCGCUCCAGAAGAAGGUCGAUGAGCUUGCGGAGACCGUCCGUCUGGAUCAAGCACGCUUGUACAACCGCCUGCGGAAUGCUACCAUCACGAAUCAGAAGACCGCUAUCCAGCCUCUGGUCCUCGCUAAUGGGAAGUACCCAACCAACGUCCCUGGCACACAGGGAGAGUUCGAACAUAUGACCAAGGAGAGAUACGAGCAUCUCCUCAAGUCGUACGGCCAACCGAUCAAGGGAGACACAAUCGCGAAACGCGAAGCCGUUCGAGAGUUCCUUGGGCUCGCACAACCUAACCCGAGAAAAACUUGA